AUGGAAUAUAUGAGAGAAAGAAAUAAGAGAAUUCCUGAUUCUGAUGAACGCUUUAGCUAUAUUGUUAUAAAAGGAUCACCUCUUUAUAAUAAAGAAGGUAGAAAGGAGCUAUAUAGAGUUAGCGAUUUUAUGAAGUAUGCAGAUAUCACAAAAGAGCAAAACAUGGAAAUAGAUAUCAAUUAUUACUUAGGAACAACAACAGUAAUGUGCACACGCUUUAUUAAUAAAGAUGAUAUGUAUCAAUUGCUUUUAUCAGAUAAAAUAAUGCAGAUCAAGGAUUCAGAUAAAAGGGAAAAACAGAUUAAUAUCUAUUUCUAG